AUGCUACGUUUACCUAGUGAGGUUGAAGACGUUGGACUUUCCAAGUCCGGCGAGUGGUCUGGACUUCUAGACCCCAAGACUCGUGAAGAUGGAGAGUCACGGCAUCCAGGCCAGCUUGAUCAGGAUAGCGCUUCGCAUGAGGAUGGAAAGACAGAAGCAGCCGACGCCACACCGACCUGGAUGAAAAUACUCCAAACAGCUGUUAUUGACGAACAUGGACAACACAAUCCCCUGGCCAACAAUCCACAAGCCGCGUCCAAAGACAUCAAGCAUGGUGUCAUCCGCGACUUCGAGUACUUUGUGCCACACCUACAAGGUCCUCUAUCUGCACUGGCUGCUCAUGACCGCGCUGUCAUCGACAAACACAUCGAAUCCAUAUUGCAGGGAGCGUUUUUAUUUGCGCAACUAGAUCCUCUAGCCAACCACGCGUACAACGAUCCGAAAGGGUGGCUUCAGAUCUCAUCCUCUAAUGUCCAGCCCGAUGGAUUGGAUCAGAUAUUCCAAUCGACCAUCCAGGCUCGUACGCCUGAUUCAGAACUUGUAGGGGUUGGACAUGGUGCCAAUGCCCUAGACGCCACACGAGCUGCCUGGCUGGACCUUUUGGUGUCUGGCCGUCAGGCAGUGUGGCUGCACAGAGUCAGGAUUCUCGAUCCCAACCUGACUGAAGCGGACCUGUGCGACGAAAAACACUCCAAGUACGAUAUAUUCGAUAUCUACACCAGCGCAGCGGCACGCGGGUCCAUCCCGACUGUUGAACUGACGUCGGUGACCCUAUACAAUCCACGUAAUGGGAAGUUGGCACCGCGCCACAAGUUCAUCAUAGAGGCUACGGGCUUGGGUAUAAGCGCACACGCCGUGGCCAGGAGUGCAUUUGCCGCCAAGAAUAUGGCGGAGAACAUUUUCAUGGACAAGAUCAAGGCUCUGGACGAGACGCAGCCUGCGAGUCCUGAUGAUGGCCUGCUCUCCAUCGUCGGCACACCAGAAAACGCUGAACAUUUUAUCAAAACUUUCUUGAAAGCGCAGCGGAGCCAACGCCAUGGCCUUUACUUCCCCGUUGACGUUACGAUCACAACAUGGCACCCAUUGGGUGAAACAGACGAACUCCGUGCCGCCCAAGUUCUAUGUAAUCGACUACCCGUGGGGCCAGUCGUCAUGCAUUCUGGUGGCCUUGUAAAACUCAAGGCUCUGGCAUCUUACGCAACAGCCCUUAGUCUAGCCGCCGAAACGUCAACUGCUGCUGAAGAGCCCAAGUCUGCGCAACCCUCUCAAGACAUGAUACCACUGCUGGAGAUGCAUCUCGAUUCAUCGUCUUUGCAAACCAUGACCAUCCCCCGGAGCACCCGAUCACUGGUUGUACAGCGUCUGCCCGCCAAUGUUGUGGAACACAACAACGGGGAGGAGCACGGCAAGGGGCCUGUUGGCGGUAAAAGAUCAUGGAUCCUUCCAUCCGCACGUGCCAAGUUGAAUAGAAGCUUAGCUAUGCGUUUAGAGGCAUGCAAGGUCGAUUCCCGUCUGGAACACAUUAGGGCGCAGAGGGCAGAGCUACCCAUACACAGAUGCCGCAAACGAUUGCUCAAACUAGUGAAAGGUAGUCAGUUUAUGAUAGUGACUGGCGCCCCCGGGUCCGGCAAAACUACUCAAGUACCACAAAUACUUCUUGAUGAUGCUAUCGAAAGAGGGUGCGGGGCAGAAGUGCGGAUUCUGUGCCUACAACCCCGUCGCAUUGCCGCUGUCUGGGUCGCCCAACGUGUUGCAGCGGAGAGAGGCGAACCAGUAGGCAAUUCUGUUGGAUAUCAGGUUCGGUUUGACACCCGCCGUGAUACCCAGCUGGGUGGUACCGUGAACUUUUGGACCAACGGUAUUUUCUUGAAGAAGCUCGAAAGUGGAGUGGAAAACAUCUUGGAAAAGUACUCUCACAUAGUGAUCGACGAAGUGCACGAGCGAUCGCUGGAGUUAGAUUUAGUGUUGGCCGUUUUGAAGAAGUCGAUUGCUGAGCGGCUAGCCAAGCGGAAGAGCGCACCCAAGAUCAUCCUAAUGAGCGCCUCUGUCGGUGACCCGAAGCAAUUUCAGGAAUACUUUGUCGACAGUAUUCCUCGUGAUCAGAUGGGGAUACCAAACGCAGGCGAUAUCUGCCCGCUCUUGUCGGUCUCCGGCCGCACAUUCCCUGUCUCAUCAUCGUAUAUUGAUCGGCUGAUCCCGAUGCUGAGAAAAAAACACGGCGAGCAGUUUGAUCGGUUGCUGCAAAAAGAACCUGGCGGAAAGGAGACUGCCGAAUAUCUCGACAUUGAGUUAUCUUCGGAAUGGGACAUAGUCGACAAAUUCUUGGCCGCAAGACAUGCUGCAUUUGUCCCCAUCGACUUGGUGGCAGCAACCAUUGCUCAUAUUGCCUCAUCAGGAAAACCCGGUGCCAUCCUUGUCUUCCUUCCGGGUUUGAGGCACAUUCUUGCGGUCAACAAUGCGCUGCGAAACCCGGCGGGGUUCUUGGGUGUCGACUUCAACGACACCUCCAAAUUUAGGAUCCAAUUCCUGCACUCGACCAUGCCGAGCCUCGACCAGAACGAGAUCUUUGAGAAGGUUCCUUCUGGUUGUCGCCGCGUUAUCCUUUCUUCCAACAUUGCGCAGACCUCGGUGACAGUACCUGACGUCGUCUACGUGGUUGACACUGGAAAGACCAGAGCGCAAAGAUAUGAUCCGUCAACACGCAUCACCAGCCUGGCUACGGAAUGGGAGACCCAAUCGGAUGUGAUUCAGCGGCGAGGACGUGCGGGCCGCACACAGGAGGGCCAUUACUACGCCCUCUACUCGCAACAGCGAUGCCAGCGCAUGGAAAACGCUGGCUUGCCCGACAUGCUGAAGUUGGACUUGACGAGCGUCUGCCUGUCCGUAAAGGCCCUAGGCUUUGCAGGCAACAUUGGUGACUUCCUCGCCGCCUCAAUCACUCCCCCCUCCCCCAGUGCCGUGAAAGAGGCAGUUGACUCCCUCAAGGCCAUGGAUGCGCUGGCAGAAAACGAAAGAAUCACCAGCCUUGGCCGUCUUCUCUGUCAUAUUCCUCUGGACCCGUCGCGUGGAAAGAUGAUACUCCUGGGGAUGUUGUUCCGAUGCUUGGGCCCCAUGAUAGUAAUGUCGGCUCUCCCCGAAAGGACUUCACUUUUCGACUUGCCACCCGUUGGCCGCGUCGCGGCGAAGCAAGCUCAGAAGCAUUUUGUCGUGGCGGACAGCGAUCACCUUACCCAACUAAACGUCUACAAUCAGCUGCAGAAGCAGGAACGAUCAGACCCACGCACGGGCAGCAGUUUUGCUUACAAGAAUUAUCUAAAUUUUAGGAAAUAUAAGGAACUGAAGCUGAUCGCAGAGCAGAUCGAGGACGUGCUCGUCGGCCACAGGCUGGUCCCAAGGAGGGAUGAGGACGAGCGGCGCUUUUCUAGCGUCGGUGGCAUUCAGCUCAACGUCAACUCGGGCAAUGAGCAGUUGCUGAAGGCCCUGCUGGUCAAGGGUCUCUACCCGAACGUGGCCAUCACGACUGCCAAAAGGCGCAAGUACAUGGCGCUCAAAGCGGCGGCCACCGGCAACCAUAAUGUAUACCUGCAGAAUUCCUCGGUCAUUUUUGGCGACCACGAAAAGUUCGAAAAAUACUCGGCGUUCAUGUACAACGGCUUGAUCUCGCAAUCCAACAAGACGGCCGCUUGGAACGUGUCCCACAUCGAGAGCCCGCUGGUGCUGGCGCUGUUCGGUGGGCCCCUCCUCCGGCCCGAGCCGGACGAUGCGGUGGUGCAGCAGCACCCGCUGCGGACCCCGGACGGUGACAAGUUUGGAUUUGCAUACAUGGUCGGGCACCCGGACCACAACAAUCCGCAAUCGAGGACGCCGGCCGAGACGCUGGUGCAGUUCCGCGAGCACAUGGACGCGGUGCUCAACGACGCCUUCCGGAGGCUUCUCUUCCAGCAGAGCGGGAAGUCUGCCAAGGCUGGAGCACAAUGGGUUGACACUCCCGAACUCAAAGACGUUGUGGACAGAGUCGUGGUUUUGCUGACUUGUGAACGUACUCGCUUAGCGCUGCAGGAGCGAUUGUAA